AUGCAUCUCGACGUGGCAAGUGGUGUUUGUGUUUUAUCACCGUACACUCCGACAGAUGGCAACUUCGAGGCUGAGGAAGACAGCCUCUAUCGCGAUUCGUCACGGUUGCUUCUGUCAGCAGCAACUACAGAUCUGGUGAUUCUGGCAGCUUGGCCGAAUAAGUUGCGAAGGAGCCCAUCUAGACAUCCGCCCACCGCGAAAACAGUGAAGAACGACUUCUUCAGUUUUGUUUCUAGCCGGCACAAGCGAUCACACCAUGUGACUUGGAGGCCCCCGACUGCAAGCCAGCCGUGGACUCAGGUGCACCAUAUGGCAUUCAGAUUGCUCACGCGACUUUACUUAUCGAGUCCGAGCUCUGCAUCUCGAAUCCCCCUGUCUAGGCGUGGUAAACCUGGUAAUAUCCCAGCUCUUGUGCUUCCUUUGGGUGGCAUGGUAGCUAGGCACCAAAAGGGUGUUACGGCUGAACGAUUAUUUAUUUAUUCAGCUACCGGUGGAGAGCUUCCAUACAAGAUCGUAGUUCAUUUCAGAGCAGGAGCAGUUGGGAUGCUGAGGUUGGGUUCGAAACAUGGACCUUCCGGUCCUGAAGCUGGCUCCUUAACCACUGAGCUAUCUCGAGCUCAGAUAAAAGCGUUCAGCUGUAGCACCCUUCCGGUGCCUAGCUGCCAUGUCACCCGAAGGGAGCACGAGGGCUGGGAUACUGCCAGGUUGCCCAAGCCUAGACAGGGGAAGUCGAGUGGCCGAGGUCGGAUUCGAACCGCGGACCUUCAGGAAAUUGAGCCACUCCGUCGCUCCGCUCCUCGAAGUUCAUUCCAUCCUGGCCUGAAGGCUUUGAUAAAUACAUUGGCCUACGUCGGGGCGAGACAACCGAAGUGUUCAGAGUGCGAAAUUACUGAUCGGAAGGUCCGUGGCUUGGGCAACCUGGCGGUAUCCCAGCCGUCGUGCAACCUUCGGGUGGCAUGGCAGUUAGGCACCGGAAGGGUGCUACAGCUGAACGAACGAUUUGGCCUACGUCCCGACAGCAUCUCCCCUAACAGUUGA